UCCUACCACCAACCAUGGAGAAUAUUCCCAAAAUCCUAAUGCUCUCCGCAUUCCUAUCUUUACUAGUCGACACCGCCGUAUCCACCCCCCCCGCUUACCGCCACAGCUACCACAUCAGAGGCGAAAAUGCAUCCUCCUCUGCUAUGGUGAGUUCCACCUUGGCUCAGGGAGAGUUCAUCAAAAACUUUGAGUUCAUACUCCCUGAGAAGUUCAAAAAGGCCUUAGAAGUGGUCAAAUCCUCCGGGAAAUCAAAAGAAAAAUACUUCAUGGAGGAUGUAAUUCAGAACUUACGUAAGAAGUGGGAGAAGUUUGUGUUGCCCCGCCGGCUGAGCGCCUUCGACGACUGCUUGGUGAUGACUGUCGACACGAUAGACCAGAUCAAGACCAGCAUAGAGAUAUUAAAUGGCGUCAAAUUGUCCAAGGAGGACAUCUCAUCCCUGAACGCGUCACAGAGGUUGCAACUCAAUAUCCUCUUCGGCGCCGCCAAUGCCAACGUGGCCACCUGCCUCGACGGCUUCUCCCACAGCCACAAGGCCAAGGAGAUCCAGGCGGACAUCCGCAAAGCCGACUGGACGUUAUUGCAACAUACCGCCGGCUUCGUUUAUUCGACAGUGAAAACUCUGCAGGAUAAGGAGCCGGACAACGUCAAUGUUCCCCCGGACUCAGAGGAGUGGCCGAAGUGGCUGUCGCCCAAGGAGAAGGCGCUGCUGCGGAAUGACCUGGAUGGGGUGGUGGUGCACGCGACGGUGUCAUUGGACAAGCCCGGGGACUACAAGACGGUGUCGGAGGCGGUGAACUACGUGAGGGCGAUAAUACAUGCUAAGGCUCCGUCCCUGGGUAGGAGGUAUGUGAUUAGGAUAAAGGCGGGGAAAUAUAAGGAGAAUGUGGUGAUACCCAAGGACAUGAAGAACUUGACGUUCAUCGGCGAUGGCUCCGACAAAACUUUUAUCACCGGCGACAAGAACGUCAUCGACGGCGACACCACCUUCAAUUCCGCCACCGUAGGGGUUGCCGGAGACGGUUUUUUUGCCAGCGGUAUCACAUUUGAAAACACAGCGGGGCCAUCGAAGAACCAAGCCGUGGCCCUCCGCGUGAACGCAGAUCUCACCGCCUUCUACCUUUGCAAUAUUAUCGGCCACCAGAACACCCUCUACGUCCAUUCCUUCCGCCAGUUCUACAAACACUGCACCAUCAGAGGCACCGUCGACUUCAUCUUCGGGAAUGCGGCCGCCUUCUUCUACAGCUGCUAUAUCGAGCCCCGGAUCCUCAAUUCCGACCAGAAAUACAUUAUCACCGCCCAGAGCCGCGACGACGAAAGACAGGAGACCGGUAUCGUCAUUCACAGAAGCAGCAUCAAAGCAGAGACAGACGGCGAGGGAAAAUUUACGACGUACCUCGGUCGGCCGUGGGGGAAGUACUCGAGGACCGUCGUGAUGCAGAAUGAAAUCAGUGAUGUGUUAGAUCCUGCUGGUUGGUCUGAGUGGAAGGGGAAAUUUGCUCUUGAUACUCUUGAGUAUGUUGAGUAUAUGAACACCGGCGCCGGGGCGGGGAAGCAGGAUAGGGUGACGUGGGUCGGGAUUCUUAAAGAGCCAAUUAAAAAGAAGAUGUUGGAACCGUUUACGAUCGGGAAUUUCCUCGGCAGUUAGAGUUAUUAGCUGAAGGGGAUGGGUUUCCCCUUCUCUCUUGGGCUCUGAUUCUCGUAUUUGUGUUGUUUUUCAUAUACAAUCCACUUGUACUACAUUGUUUCUUUGUUGUUUUGUUUCCGUUGUUGUUGUGCUAAAAUAAUGAAUCGAAGUGUCCCGCUAUA